AUGCUACGUCAGACCGAAGCCACACCCAGCACCCAGAAUUUAACAACCGCAACCAUGAGCGACGUCGUGGAGAACCUGGACACCCGGGAACUGGACUUCGAGGACGAGGAGGAGGUGGACUUCGACACCAACCACAACGGUGAUGCCCGGAUCCCGUUCUCCGCUGUGUACAACACCAAAGGCUUCAAGGAGACGGACGCCCUGGUCUACCUCACCUCCGCCCCAGUUACUGCCAAAAUCCUGGAUGUGGAGCGCUUCAACGCUGCCCAGAACCGAUUCCAAAUCUCCGCUCAGAGGAGCAUGUCAAAGACGCUCCCGGCUGUCUUCAAGAUCGAGAUGAGGCAUGGGAACUUCACCUGGAUAGUGAAGAGAAAGGAGAAGCACUUUCUGGAGCUCCACCGGGAGCUCCUGCGCUACAAAACCUUCCUGCGGAUCCCCCUGCCCUCACGCAGUCAUACAGCGAGGAGGAAGAGCAUUAAGAAGAGUGAGGCGAGGGAGAUGCCCAGCCUGCCUCGGGGUGGAGAGGAUGAGCUGGUCAGAGUGGAUCAAGUGUCGAGCCGAAAGAAACAGCUAGAGGAAUACUUGAAUAACCUCCUAAAGAUGUCUGUAUACAGGAACUACCUUGCCACGAUGGAGUUUAUAGAUGUGAGCCAACUUUCCUUCAUCCAGGAUCUGGGACCAAAGGGCCUGGAAGGCAUGGUCCAAAAGCGGUCGGGCGGCCAUCGCAUCCCAGGAAUGAACUGCUGCGGUCACACCCAAGUCUGCUACCGCUGGUCCAAACGGUGGCUGGUAGUCAAAGACUCUUUUCUGCUUUACAUGAAGCCGGACACGGGGUCCAUUUCCUUCGUCAUGCUGGUCGAUAAGGAGUUCACCAUCAACAUGGACUCCAAAUACACGGAGACCAAACACGGCGUUCGAAUUGACAGCCUCUCCAGAUCACUUGUGCUGAAGUGCACCAGCUACCGACACGCCCGCUGGUGGGGUCAGGCCAUCGAGGACUUUGUGCGGAAACACGGGAAGGCCUUCCUCCGCGACCACCGCUUCGGUUCCUUCGCCCGCGAGCAGGAGAACAUCCCAGCCAAAUGGUAUGUUAAUGGGAGGUACUACAUGGAGGAUGUCGCGAACGCUCUCGAAGAAGCCAAAGAGGAAAUCUUCAUCACAGACUGGUGGCUGAGUCCGGAAAUCUUCCUGAAAAGGCCUGUUGUCGAGGGUAACCGCUGGCGCCUGGACUGCAUUCUCAAACGAAAGGCGCAACAAGGUGUGCGUAUCUAUGUGAUGCUGUACAAGGAGGUGGAGCUGGCCUUGGGAAUCAACAGCGAAUACAGCAAGAGAACUCUAAUGCGUCUUCACCCAAACAUUAAGGUGAUGAGACACCCUGACCACGUCUCCUCCACCGUCUACCUGUGGGCGCACCACGAGAAAAUCAUCGUCAUUGACCAGUCCGUGGCCUUCGUGGGCGGCAUUGACUUGGCGUACGGCCGAUGGGACGACAGGGAGCACCGCCUGACGGACGUGGGCAGUGUCACUCGCUCUCUGGCCAUGACAAGCGAGCAGCAGCCCGACGCGGCGGCCGCCCCGGCCGGUGUGGGCGCGUCCUCGGUCGAUGGCGCCGCCCCCAGCAACCUGAAGGCCGGAAGCGACGAUUCUCUGGACCUGCCCAAACUGAAAGGGAUCGGCCGCAGCCGCAAGGCGCGCUUCAGCAUCUACAAGCACCUCCACCGCCACGGCCUGCACCGCGCCGACAGCGUCAGCAGCCUGGACAGCGUGGAGAGCGCGGAGAAGCCGGUGUCCAUGCAGAAUGCGCAGUCAGGUGUGGGUGAGCUGCUGGGGAACACUCGUUUCUGGCAUGGCAAGGACUACUGCAAUUUCGUCUACAAAGACUGGAUUCAGCUGGACAAGCCUUUCGAUGACUUCAUUGACCGGUACACAACCCCCAGAAUGCCCUGGCAUGACAUUGCCUCUGUGGUUCAUGGGAGAGCAGCCAGAGACGUGGCGAGGCACUUCAUCCAGCGCUGGAACUUCACCAAGAUCAUGAAGCCAAAGUACCGUUCUCUCUCUUAUCCAUUCCUCCUGCCCAAAUCCCACACCUCAGCCAAUGAGCUCAGGUACCAGGUCCCUGACAGCGUCAACGCCAAAGUUCAGGUUCUGCGCUCUGCGUCCGAUUGGUCUGCUGGCAUCAAGUACCAUGAGGAGUCCAUCCACAACGCCUACAUCCAAGUGAUCGUCAAAAGCAAGCACUUCAUCUACAUUGAGAAUCAGUUUUUCAUUAGCUGUGCCGAUAACAGGCAGGUCUACAACAAGAUUGGAGACGCAAUCAUUGAGAGAAUCAUCAGGGCUCACAAGGAGAAUAAGAAGUACCGGGUUUAUGUUGUGACACCGCUUAUGCCUGGGUUCGAGGGAGACAUCAGCACUGGAGGAGGCAAUGCCAUCCAGGCCGUCAUGCACUUUAACUACAGGACAAUGAUCAGAGGGGAACACUCUAUAAUUUCACAACUGAAGAAAGCGAUGGAAGACCAGUGGAUGAACUACAUCUCCUUCGCGGGCCUGCGGACCCACGCGGAUCUGGAGGGCCGACUGGUGACUGAGCUCAUCUACGUCCACAGCAAGAUGCUGAUUGCCGACGACAACACUGUCAUCAUUGGCUCAGCCAACAUCAACGACCGGAGCAUGCUGGGAAAGAGAGACAGCGAGAUGGCGGUCAUCGUGGAGGACUCCGAGACGGUCCCUUCAAUGAUGGAUGGAGUAGAGUACCAGGCAGGGAAGUUUGCACUGCAGCUGAGGCUAGAGUGCUUCAAAGCCAUUCUUGGAGCCUUCUCAGAUCCCACCGUGGAUGUGUCGGACCCCAUCAGCGACCGUUUUUACAAGGAGGUGUGGAUGACAACGGCUGCGCGAAAUGCCACUAUUUAUGAAAAGGUGUUCCGUUGCCUGCCAUCCAGCCACGUGAGGAACCGACUGGAGCUGGAGGAGUUCAUCUCCAAACCGGGCCUGGACAAAGAGGACCCCGCUCGAGCUCAAGAAGAACUGAAGAAGAUCCGGGGGUUCCUGGUCCAGUUCCCCCUCUACUUCUUGAGCGAACAGAACCUCAUGCCUUCCGUCGGGACGAAAGAGGCUAUGGUGCCCACUGAUGUCUGGACCUGAGACCAGAAUCAUUGAGACCCUGAAUCAUUUAUCCUGGAUUGCAGUCUCUGUACAAUUGAAGUAAUGAAGAAAAACUAACCUGUGAAAUGCACCACAAACAUUUUGACGUCUGUAUAGUGCCUUUGAUUUCAGUUUGACAAAGCCUACCACUACACAUACAUUGAAGGCAGAACCAGAAGUCGAUAGUUCUGUCUUUUUCCCCAUGUAUACAAUUUCCCAUGUUUGGAUUAUGAAUGUCGAGAAGUCUGGGAGAGAUUUUUUUUCACUGUGUCAUUGGAAGAUGAAAUUAAUCUUUUUCCUGAGGUGGGAAAGUGAUAGUUGUCAAUCUGUGUUGCUGAGGUAUCACACUGCAGCAUAGAUGUUCUCUAACGGUGUGCUGUGACCUACCUCUGAGGGGAAAAAACAUUGAGUUUCUUUAAGAAUAUUGAAGAUGGUGUAUAAAUUCGAAAAGUCCUAUGGAAGCUCCUCUGGAUUCCCAAAUCCCAAAUGCGUGCGGGUGCCUGAAAUCAGCAGUGACAAGAAAGCAUCAGUUAAAAACUAUCAGGUGUGAUACCCUGCAGAAGGUAGAUAUUUUGCUACCCACUCCCUGAAGUGAUGAUGUCCUUGAAUGAGCAGAGGAAUGUUCCAGGUCAGCUGGCAAUUCCUAUCUGGCUGAUUCAGAACAAGACAAAAGUACAAGACAAAAAGGGACACUGAAGCUCAAUUGACUUUUACGUUGUUCAGGCAGCAAUGUAUCUUGUGGAGAAACAUGAUUUCUGAUUUUCAGCGAGUGAAUUAUAGCAUUGGUGGAUACAAAGAGAAUCAAGACUUAAAGCUAAGAAUAAUUCAAGCCAAUGUUGUUUCUUUAAAAAGUACAGUUCUUGCUUUGUGAUACUCUUAACUUUCUAUGCUAUGGAUGGGUAACUGUGCUGUGACGUAUGGGGUUGAAUGUUGUUAUGCUGGUGUUUGGACCUACAGUAAUUAUAUAAUGCUGUCAUUUGAUAUAUCUCAAACCUAUCACGUGAUCAUCCAUUUUUAAUGGGCUGCAUUUUAUACCAACCACUUCUUUUUUUUUUUAGCAAGUUUUAUUAUUGUCAGUGAACCUGACAGUAACAUAACAGCACAUAUUUUUAUAUAAUCAUCAGUACUUUUUAAUCAUCCAUGAUAUUGAUGCAGUACUCAGAACACAUUGCCGUCUGUUCCGUCGCAAUGUUCCUUGCAUUCUCUUUUUUUACAUCUUGCUUUGACAAUCUGUGGACUCUGUCCUACAGUAGUGGGAUAAUAGCCCUGUCUCAAUAACAUGAAGGCUCCUUUGCUUACAGGAAGAAAAACUGCCGGUAUUAAUAUUGUCAUCUCUGCAAAAUGGCUUCAGCAGUUUCAUCACAUGCGUGUCAUUUCCUGUUAAGGGUUUUUACCGCUCUCUUCGACAAGCUGUGUGUGAAUUUUCAGAUGGGGUCCCAUGCAACAUGCUCUCUUGUCAAAAAAUAUAUUUCCCAUAAUGCCUUUGACAGCAAUAUGUGUCAACAUUUGAGUGUAUGCCUUCUAUGAUUGGCAAGCCAUUGUUUCAGUACAAGAUUCUGUUUAAUGUUAACAAUUUUGUUAAAUGUACACAGCUCUAAUAUUGCUUGUGUUUGCCUCAUACUCACAUUAGUAAUUAGCUGAUUCAGAUAUGCUCUCAGCCUUUUUUGUCCUCCUUUCUUAACAGUAAACACAUUUUUGCCCCUUGGUAGUAUACACAACACAGAUUAUAUUUUUAUUCUGUCCCAAAAUAGCAUCCCAAUUCACCUUCACAACCAAGUAGUCAUCCAGCUCUCUGGGAAUCUCAUUCAUGUAAAACAAAAUGUAUUGACAUUUUUCCAAGAAAUAAAGCCAAUAUGAUUUAAUCAGUG